AUGGUGGCACCUUCAAAUCCCGGCGUAACUCUGCCAGCUAAUCUUGAAGCGACGAGAAUCGAGAGCAUACCCUCAACCGCCUACUAUAUACCCAAUUUCAUCAGCAUAGAAGAAGAACAGCUGAUACUAGACAAAAUUGCCACCGCUCCCAAGCCUCGAUGGAAGCAGCUCACUCAUCGCCGCCUGCAGACCUGGCCGUCCGACCUUGUGCGCGACAAGCUUCUCGAAGCUGUGCUCCCACCAUGGCUCGAAUCACCCGUCGUGUCACGUCUCCAGUCGAUCCCCGUGUCACCCGAUGACACGGUGCAAAUCUUUAGCGGCAGCCCGCACAGCAGGCCCAACCACGUUCUCAUCAACGAGUAUCCGCCUGGCGUCGGCAUCAUGCCCCACAAGGAUGGCGCAGCAUACUGGCCCGUGGUGUGCACAGUCAGUCUUGGCGCAAGCCUCUGUCUCAAUCUGCAUCGAAGCAAAGACGACGGCGCUCUGAAUCCAGAGCCCGCAUGGCGCAUCCUGCAAGAGCCUCGCAGCCUGCUCAUUACGGCAGGCGAACUCUACACCGACUACCUCCACGGCAUCGCCGACAUUGAAGAGGACGUCAACCUCUCUGCCGAGACAGUCGCCAAUUGGUUGUUGCUACGUGACCCCUCUGCCUUUGAGGGUGGCCGAAACGUGCGUCAGACUCGCACGAGCCUCACAUACCGAGACGUUCUCAAAGUCUCCAAAGCCGCCAAUAAAAUCGGCAUGUUUCUCAAGCGUUGA